AUGAAGCGCACCAGAGAAGACCCCACCGUCGCCGUGGAUGCCGAUGCGCACAAGCGGGCGCGCCCUUCCUCCGAUGAGGAAGAGGAGCUCCCAUAUGGACUAGGCUCCAUCGUCACCAUCCGCAGGAUCGAGAGGACCUAUGGCGGAUGUGCCAUGGACGAAGCCAAGUCGGCCGUGCAAAAGUACAGCCGACGGGACGAGUUUGACAAGGCCCUCAAGUUCGCCAUCGAGAUGGACCUCUUCUCCCUCCAUCCCGACGGCCGACACAUCCAGACCAACCUAUGGAACCGCUUCAAGAUCAUCGCUCUGGAGGAUGUCUCGUUGGCCAACGUCAAUGCCCUCAUUCGGAUCGACGCGCGUCUCCGGUGUCUGGAGGAGGGUCGCAAGAGGCGACGGGACGCCAACGGCGGCAGGGAGCCUGCCGGCCUGGCAUCGCCGACAGAGCAGCAGGCCCUCGUCGACAUCGUCUGGGCGCUGUGCACGAGCAAACACUGCCGCCUGCCCAGCCACUACAACGCCGCCUUCUGCAAGCCCGAGGUGCUGCCGGCUCUCGCGGCCGAAGCACCCGAGAUCCACCGACAACUGGAGCGCGACACCGAGUUGGUGGGCAUCGUCAACCGCCUGGUCUACUGCCUCGAGCAGCGGUGGGGCGCCGGGUUCGCGCCACUCCAAGAGCUCAUGGCACGCAAGACCGGCCCCACCAAGCACCUGAAGAGCACCAACACCGUCUACUUGGCUCUGGACGUCUUUGACUGGUUCGUCCGGAAGGCCCAUCCCAACUGGGUCGCUGACGACGACAAGACCGUCCUGCUCGACUUCCUGGGCGUGAUGGUGCGCUGGUGCAAGUACAUGGCGGCCAACAAGGAAGGUCCACCGCUCUGCCUGCGCAGCGCCUACCUGGCGCUCAUCCUGAGCGAUCGAGUCCAAUGGAGGCGUGCCGUGAAAGUGCCUCCCUCGGAUUUCGACGCCGGCCAGGCCUACCAAAGCCAUCUCGACCUCGAGGUCGACCUCUCAAUCGACAAAUGUGCGAUCGACAUGCACACCCGGCGCGGGCGCAGUGCCGGCAAGGGCAAGGAGGUGUUUGGCGCCUGUAGCGUCGUCGCAAAUGAGGACACCAACCUCCUCGACCCGCUCUACAAGCGUCUCUACCUCCUCACCAAGGGCAGUGGAUCGCUGCCUUUGCCGCCGUCCCCUUCCCCAGCCCCCUGA